CUAAAAUUACAAGCGUUUACGCGGAGCAGUAGUGACUACAUCAUGUGAAACGAUAGUUUAAAUGUCCUCAUAUGGGAGGAAACUUUCUCUCUCCUUCAUUCCCCAAAUAUCUCCCUCUACUAGUCCCUCCUUCUCCUCUCCACUCUGCUCAGCAGGGGUUUGCUUCCUCGGACCAUGGCGCUGCACUCUCAACACCUCACUGUAUACGUGGCGUUUCAUUUUGUUGUUAUUAUAGCGUUACUUAAAGUAACUUCAGCGGAUAGAGGCAGCUCUACUGUGGUGUCUCUGCUGCAGCCCUAUGACUUCUUGUAUUACAGCGGAGUGCGCUCGUACUUCGGAGGAGAGUGGGUGAAGGCUGCAGAGCUGCUGGAGAAAGCCAUCAUCACCAAGGAAAGUCUGUCCAGAGUCCGCAGACAGUGUCAUGAUGACUGUGUGGCAGCUGGGAGAGAAGCUUUCAAUCACCUGGACUCUGCAGAGGGGAGUCUGUGGGACCUCUGGACCUGGGACUGGGUGCAGCAGAGAGCUGAAUGUUUGAGGUUCUGUAUGGGACGCUCCGUCACACCUGCAGGACAGCUCCCUGUCUCUACCGACAUAGACUAUGAAUUCGGCACUCGCAACCCUUAUAACUUCCUGCAGGUCACGUACUACAAGCUGGAAAAGUUGCAUAAGGCGGCAUCAGCAGCUCAUACCUACUUUGUGGCCAACCCCAGUCACUUAGAGAUGAGGAACAACAUCGAGAAGUACAGACGGAUGGAGGGAGUGACGGAGGAUGCCUUCCAGGACAGAGAGCUUGAGAAUGAGAAACACUGGGUCCUUUAUGAUUCUGCAGUUCAGUACGAAGCCUCCUCUGACUGGGUGCAAGCUGCAGAGAAAUGGAAAGUGUGUGUGAAUGAAACUCUGCGGCAGACAGACGUGUGCAGGGUGCAGUGUGAGGUGGCCUCCCAACGGCUGCCCGAGGACAGGGGAGUGGACAGCGUUGAUGGCGUGUUCGAGAAGGCCGCAGCUCUCUUCCUCUCCCUGCUCUCGUGCCGGCAGUCCUGUGUCACUCAGAUAGCCACAAGACCCGGGAGGGUUUCUUCUCAGGAGGACUUCCUGCCCACACAGCUGGAGCAUCUGCACAUCGCACAGUUUAAAGCUGAUGAUAUUAGUGGAGCAGUGCAGACACUUCGCUCUCUUCUCCUGUUUUACCCCUCGGACAAAGACUCCUUGGACAACCUGCAGCUCUACUAUGAUACACUAGGAGGAGACACAGAGUCACAGGGCACACAGCCUGCUCAGGAGAUUGUCAAAUACAUUAGUCGUGCUUUGGAGGAGAAGAAGCUACUGUAUUUUGGUAUGGAGAACCUUGCCUUUAGUUUCACAGACCCAGAUCUUUGGACUCCAGAAGAUGUUGUACCUGAAUCACUGAGGGAUACUUGGAGAGCUGAAAAAGAGAAAAUAAAUGAUAAAAUGAAAGAAGGAGAGCAGAAGGAGGAAGUGGAUGACAGUGGAUUUUUCGCCGGUGGUCCAGUUCGUCAGGUGGGUGUGACCAUCACAAUGGACGACGUGGUUAUGAACGGGACCAAUCGCGUUGUACUCGACGGAGUCAUGACUGAGAAGGAGUGUGACAGAAUACUGCAGUUAGCAAAGUCUGCAGCAUCUGCUGGAGACGGUUACCGGGGACGACGGUCUCCACACACGCCUCAUGAGACGUUUGAGGGCCUGACUGUCCUCAGAGCUGUAAAGUUGGCUCAGGAUGGUAUGGUGAACCAAUCAGAUGCCCGGCUGUUACAUGAGCUGGGCGAGAGAGUGAGAGACCUGCUGCACUCCUACUUCAGGAGCCCCUCGGUACUCUUCACCUCUUUCACACACCUGGUCUGCCGCAGUGCUAUCGCAGGUGACCAGAAGGGCAGGCUGGACCUGUCUCAUCCUGUCCAUGUUGACAACUGUCUCCUUGAGCCGGAGACCAAUCAGUGCUGGAGGGAACCACCAGCAUUCAUACACAGAGACAUGAGUGCCAUUCUCUACCUGAAUGACAACUUUGAUGGAGGAGAGUUGUUCUUCACUAAGAAGGAUGCCAAGACAGUAACAGCUCGAGUAAAACCCAGCUGUGGCCGACUGGUGGGCUUCUCCUCAGGUCCAGUAAAUCCACAUGGUGUAACUGCAGUGACCAGUGGCCGGCGGUACGCGCUGGCCCUCUGGUUCACAAAAGAGAAGCCCUACAGGGACAUGGAGCGAGAGGAGGCAGAGGCCAUGUGGGCUGCAGAUGGACAGAGUGUGGUGAAAAAAGACGAGAAGGAGGAGGCAAAGGCCGGCGGCGGCGCCACCCCCGCCAGGAACGCUCGGAGCCAAGCGCCGAAGAACAAGAGCCGAGGGAGAGGCAGGGUGACGGGGGGCAAAGACGAGCUGUGAGAGUCAGAACAAACCUGACAGACUGAACCACCAAAACUGGAGUUAGGGCCGUCCCCGACCAAAGAAAUCCUUAGUCGACUAACACUCGUACAAUUUUGUCGACUAAUUAGUUGAUUUAAUAAACAGAUCUGUGAGUUUCUCCACAAAAAUCACGCAAGCACCACUUUAAAUUUUGUGUUUACCAGAGAUGUGC